AAAACUUCUUCAUCUAUUUGUUGCUGUCUUUCCCCUUGAAAAAAAAAAUAAAUUAGAAAAAAAAAGAGAAUCGCCGACAACGAGUGUUUAAAAGUAGAGAGGUGAUUUAUCUAUUUUUAAACUUAAAGUGUAAGGAAAAAAAAAAUAAUAUAAAUUGAAAAAAAAAACCCUGUGAUAUACGAGUGUGUGCGUUCUCUAAUCAAAACUCAAGCACUUAAGUCAUAAUUUAAUUAAAAAUUAAAAAAAAAAAAAUUAUAAAAAAAAGAAAAACAUGCCAAAUUCAAAUGCAACAACAACAACAAACCCAGCACAGGGUGCACCAAAUGCAAAUGGAACUUAUAGCAGCACCCAACAAAUACCAAUAAAUCACCAUCAUCAUAAUGCAGCAACAGCUGGCAUGGAUAUGCCCCAAGGAUAUCAUCAAGCUGGAUUUGGUUCGCCAUCUGGUGGCACUGGUGGCGGUGGUCGACAGCCACAAUUUCCCCCACACUUUCAGCAAGGCUUUGGUUUCGAUCCGGAUAUAGAUGACAUGUUUUCCGAUGCUGGAUUGCGUUCACAUUUGGGUCGGAUGCGCGCCGAUCCCUUUGGCACAUUUGGAUCACGUAAGCGUAGUGGCAAAAAUCCAUUACAUUCUGUUUCUCCUUCUUAUUAUGAUGAUGAUGAUCCAGAUUUUCCUCAAUUCGGUUCGCUAGGUCGGUCAAGGCGUGCUGGUACUGGCGCUGGUAUCCCUAAAGCAACCGAUGGCAUGCAACAUGAUGAUUUCUUUGAACGUUUACCCCCAGAGUUUAGACAAUAUAUACCAGAUGGUUUUGGUAGUAUGCGUCGUCAAGGUGGUAAUGGUGGUGCUGGUGCAGCAGAAUCUCCACGUAUUCCAACACAACAACCACAAUAUUAUCAGACUUAUGUACAACCUGGAACAACUCCUCCAAAUCAAGCAACUACUCAUACUCAGCAACAACAACAACAACAAUCUCCACCAGUUGCAAUGCGUAAUGUCUGCGAUGCAGCUAUUCAAACAGAAGAUCCUUCAGUACGCAGCGAAGUCGAUGGACAUCAUUUAAAUGCAGACAAUUUGAAUCAUCAUGGCUUGAGAAAUACAGUCGAUAUGGGUGUUAGGACCCCAUCCGAAAGUGAGGGUCAUAAUUCUAGAUCUCAUUCAGCUCCACCACAACAACCGGAACAACAAAAUUACCCACAAGAUCAACAAGGUUUCCAUUCUCAAGGCACUGGAACUCAGCGUAACACUCCACCACCACAACAGAGGCAAUAUCCAGCAAAUCAACAGCCUCCACGUUUUCCAAAAGCCUAUAAUCCUCAAACUUAUGCAACACAUCCACAACAGCCAUCGACUCCUCAGACUCCUGGUGGCAGCUAUAUCAGAACUAUUCCGAUCUUCGUUGAAGGCCGUUCGGAGCCAUUGAUCAAUCACAAAGAUAUACCACAAGCUGAAGCUCCUCAGCAACCUAAUCAAAAUUACACCAAAGCUGCUCCUCAAGCCCAACAACAACAACAUUAUCAACAACAACAACAACCACAGCAACAACAUCACCAAAAUAACCGUCCAACUCCCAUCAACACUCAUCAACAGCCAACAGCUCAGCAACAGCAAGGUCCACCACCUGCUACCCCACACACCAUGGAAAGCAUUAAUAAGAUUCAAGACAUCCAAAGGGACGUUCUAAAUCUUAUGACAAAAGUCGAAAAUUUCACUGGCUUACGCUCGGACAAGGAGUACGCAUACUUGGAUGAAAUGCUAACUCGUAACCUUCUUAAAUUGGACACUAUUGAUACUCAAGGAAAAGAAAGCAUCCGAUUGGCUCGUAAGGAAGCUAUUAAAUGUAUUCAAGCUUCGAUAAAUGUUCUCGAGGCAAAGGCUGAAGAAAAUGCUAAGACUGCACAACCACAAGAAGCUGUGAUUGAUGAUGCCGCCAGCAAGGUUACCGCCCCUGCUGAAGAAUCAGCUGAGGCACAACCUAUUGAUGUUUCAAAUGUCCAUGAAGCAAUUCCGUUGCCACCACCAGAGUCUUUAAAGACUGGAAGUGGAAGUUCUGAAAAUGUUCCCGCCUCGAAUAAGGGAUCAAGCCCUCCAAAAGAAGAAGCAGCUAAUACCACCACCACCAAUACCACCAAUGAAGCUGUCACAAAGUCUAGCUCUGGGUUAUCAGCUAAAGGUGAAUUGGUAAAUGAAGCAAAGUCCGAAUGAUGACAGCAGAGAAAAGUCACAUCUUAUAGUAGUACAUUUUCCAAUCAAAAGCAAAAUCAUAAAAAGAAAACCGUUAUUUCUAAUAAAGUUGUGUAAAAAUUUUUAUUUAAAAAACUAAA